AUGGCUGAUGCAAUUCAGACCGGAGUUCAAGCAGGAGUUCAAGCUGCCCUUGCAGCAAACGCAGCCAAUGCAGCAAACGCAGCCAAUGCAGCAAACGCACGGCCACAACAGCACCAAAACCGUCGUCACAAUCCGGUGUUUGAAGAUGACAAUGAUGAUUCUGAAGAAGAUAACCCUUUCGGAGACAACAUCAACAAUCGACGCCAGCAGCAUGAUCGAGAUCAUCACCCCAGACACGCCGAGAAUACCCGUUGGACAUCAGGUUUAAAACUCGAUAUCCCAGAGUUUCAUGGUAGUUCUCAGCCGGAAGAGCUUCUCGACUGGUUCGUAACGGUCGAUGAGUUGUUAGAAUUCAAAGAAGUACCAGUCAACAAGCAAGUUCCUUUAGUUACUACUCGGUUUCGCGGUCACGCCGCUUCCUCGUGGAACCAACUUAAGCUGUCUCGUUCUCGACGCGGGAAAGAUAAAAUAACUGCAUGGGACAAGCUCAAGAAACAUAUGCGGAAAACGUUCAUCCCAUAUAACUUUAAGCGUCUUUUGUUUCAGAAAUUUCAUAACAUAAAACAAGGACCACAUUUUCUCGAAGACUUCUCUAACGAGUUCUACCAGAUGCUCACACGAGUGGAUAUCAAUGACUCCGAAGACCAGUUAGUAGCCCGCUUUAUAGCAGGGUUGCGACCCCAGCUUCAGAAAAUACUCCACCAAUUCGACCCGGGCUCUGACGCUGAAGCACGUCAACGAGCUUUCUUAGUGGAACAGAAAACCCGUCUCGGCGCCAAUCAGUGGUCCGGUAAUACCAAAACACGCAACACAACAACCACUACAGACGAUUCAAAAACGUCCACAGGUCGGGAUACAACAACAGAUCCUCGUCCGAAUGAAACCGUGGGACCACGACCUUCUCGUCCCAACGCUCUCCGAUGCUUCACCUAUGGCGAACGAGGUCAUAUUCAGACGGCUUGCCCUCAUAAAGGACGUCGUGGAUUACUUGCGAAAGAAAAAGAAAUAACUGGAGAUCCAGUUUAUUACACAGAAGACGGUCAAUUCGACGACGUGGAGGAAGAAGAAGUCUCCGGCGACACGGGAACUUUCCUAAUGAUACGACAAAAUUGUCUAGCUCCAAAGACAACCGAAGCAUGGCAAAGAACAACCUUGUUCAGCUCGACUUGUACGGUGAAAGGUAAAGUCUGUCGCUUCGUCAUCGACUCGGGCUGUUCUGCGAACGUCGUCUCCGAAGAAGCAGUCCGCAAGCUUGCCCUCACCACCGAAAACCACCCCCACCCAUAUCGCCUUCUAUGGAUGCAAACUGGCGCCGAGGUUUAUGUUUCGAAGAGAACCAUUAUAUCAUUGUCCAUUGGCUCUUUCUAUAAAGACACAAUUUGUUGUGAUAUCGCCCCAAUGGACGUUUCUCAUAUCAUCCUUGGGCGCCCAUGGCAAUACGAUCGAGAGGUUAUUCACAACGGUAAGACAAACACGAACUCUUUCAUGUUUGAAGGCCGGAGGAUCACGCUGCUACCGUCCCCUGAGACAGAUCGCGUGCCGCCUAAGGAACUAAACCCGUCUAAACCAAACCUGCUCAUCGUUUCCAAGUCACAAUUCAACGAAGAGCUGCGCGAGACUUCUCAGAUAUUUGCUUUAGUCGCAAUAGAGACAGAAAAAGUUGUAUCACUACCAAUUCCUGCAGAAUUUCUACCUAUCAUCGAAGAUUCUACCUAA